AUGCCCAAGGUGCAAUUGAAGAAGAAUGGCCCUUCUUCUCUGCGACAAGAAAGCCGCAAACAGCUGGUGGAGUCACUUCAAGCACUGCUUGCUAACGACGCUGUUAGUCUUGAAGUUCUGAAGUCUGGCUCUCCAUGGCCAAGUGCGACAGAAAUCGCCAGGUUGCAAAGGGAGAAAACCCAUCACAAGUCGCCAACAGCUCUGCCGUCCUCCUCGGAAGAGACUGCUGUAACAGAUACAGCCCUUGACACCUUCCGAUUUCCAGUGGGUGUGGAUCCUGACUGGCUUAAAAGCAUUCUUCCUAUUUUUCGAAACAAUUCCAAUCAACCAAAUACAUCCUUUUCUCCUACGAACUCCGGAAAUACAAGCAGCAACCAAGAUGGCAGCAGUGACAGUAAUACAAUCGACUACAGCCCGUUUUUGUCAGCAAGUCCCCUCGUACCAUGGGAUGCAUUUUCUGAGCCUGGUCACUAUCAACAAACACCCUACAGUACAACAGGUCUGCAAACCAGUCAGAGCGAAAGCUUUCUUGGUUCAAAGACAUCAACAAUAGAGAAAGUACUUCAUCUCAACUCUCUCAAGUCCUCUCAUUUUGAGUCAGGAGGAGGGCUCAUUACACCACCUGCGCAAUCCACGGAGCAGCCUUCCGAUGGCGAUGACGGCGGUCGUUGCAAUUCCCCUAGCCCUGCACCAUGCCGAAAGCGGCAGCGCGCUCAUUAUGCAAUCGAGAAGCGAUAUAGAGCUGGUCUUCAGGAGCGUUUCGAAGCCCUUCGCGACUGUGUGGCAUCAAUGAGACAGGCUCAGCACGAACAGCAUCCACGGGGAAGGAACAAGGAUGAGAUGGAUGGAGAUGAAGAAGCCAGCCCAAACGACGAGCCAUCGCGAAUGAAUAAAGCUGAAGUACUGCAUCAGGCAACCGUAUGUAUCCAGAUGUUGCAAGAAGAGAAUGAAGUGGUUAUUGAGCAAAUGAAGCUGUUAAUAGAAAGAUUACGCGCGGUAAAACUAGCGUUAGGGUAAUUGUGAGUUCUUGCGAACGCAAAUAUCUGACAGUACCAGGGCAGCUGUAGCAUGAGGUGGCUGGAAAGCUUUCACC